CCACAUCCACAGCAGCAGGAGGGGUGAGGUGGCCAGCCGCUGAUCCACCGGUAUCAUGGCUUCCUAACAGGAGGGGGAAGUGAUUGAGAGCAAAAACAAGGCUUUUUGUUGAAUGCCCGACGGAUAAUCGCCCUCCCCAGAACCUGAGAUUGGGACAGAGGGGCUCGGCCUCCCUGUUCGCCCCCCGCGGCCGCCCCAGGGAUCCAGGAUACACUUUAAUUUUUAUCGGUGAAUUUCCAUUCGUAAACCGUGGAAGAUGGCCGACCCGGCGGAGUGCACCAUCAAAGUGAUGUGCCGUUUUAGGCCCCUGAACAGCUCCGAGGUGACCAGAGGCGACAAAUACAUUCCCAAGUUCCAAGGGGAAGACACCGUUGUAAUCGCGGGCAAACCGUACAUGUUUGACAGAGUGUUUCAGUCAAGUACAACACAAGAACAAGUGUACAACGCCUGCGCCCAAAAGAUCGUAAAAGAUGUUCUGGAGGGAUACAAUGGAACUAUUUUUGCAUAUGGGCAGACAUCAUCUGGCAAAACACACACCAUGGAGGGGAAUCUCCAUGACACAGAUUCAAUGGGCAUCAUCCCCAGGAUAGUGCAAGACAUCUUCAACUACAUCUAUUCUAUGGACGAAAACCUGGAGUUUCAUAUCAAAGUUUCAUAUUUUGAAAUCUACUUAGACAAGAUCCGGGACCUUUUGGAUGUGUCAAAGACCAAUCUGUCAGUGCAUGAAGACAAAAACAGAGUACCCUAUGUCAAGGGCUGCACUGAGAGAUUUGUCUGCAGCCCAGAGGAGGUCAUGGAUACAAUUGAUGAAGGCAAAUCUAACAGACAUGUAGCAGUUACAAACAUGAACGAGCACAGCUCUAGGAGUCACAGUAUCUUCCUGAUAAACGUUAAACAGGAGAACACUCAGACAGAGCAGAAGCUCAGCGGCAAACUCUACCUGGUGGAUCUGGCUGGUAGUGAAAAGGUCAGUAAAACAGGUGCAGAGGGAGCCGUGCUGGAUGAGGCCAAGAACAUCAACAAGUCCCUGUCAUCGCUGGGAAACGUCAUCUCUGCACUGGCUGAAGGAACGGCCUACAUCCCUUAUCGAGACAGCAAGAUGACCCGUAUCCUGCAGGACUCGCUGGGUGGUAACUGUCGAACCACCAUUGUUAUCUGCUGCUCGCCUUCCUCCUAUAAUGAGGCCGAAACCAAAUCCACCCUUAUGUUCGGACAGAGAGCGAAGACCAUCAAGAACACUGUGACGGUGAACAUUGAGCUGACGGCAGAGCAGUGGAAGCAGAAGUAUGAGAGGGAGAAGGAGAAGAAUAAGACUCUGAGGAACACCAUCACCUGGUUGGAGAAUGAGCUCAAUCGCUGGAGGAACGGUGAGAGCGUGCCGGUGGAGGAGCAGUUUGAUAAAGAGAAGGCCAACGCUGAGGUGCUGGCCCUGGACAACAUCCUCAACGACAAGCCGGCCUCCACGCCCAACGUGCCCGGCGUUCGCCUCACUGACGUGGAAAAGGACAAGUGUGAGGCUGAGCUGGCCAAGCUUUACAAACAGCUGGAUGAUAAGGAUGAGGAAAUCAACCAGCAGAGCCAGCUGGCUGAGAAGCUGAAGCAGCAGAUGCUGGACCAGGAGGAGCUUCUAGCUUCCUCCCGGCGUGAUCACGAGAACCUCCAGGCAGAACUGAACCGCCUGCAGGCUGAGAACGAGGCUUCUAAGGAGGAGGUGAAGGAGGUGCUGCAGGCUCUGGAGGAGCUGGCUGUGAACUACGACCAGAAGAGCCAGGAGGUGGAGGAUAAAACCAAGGAGUUCGAGGCUAUCAGCGAGGAGCUCAGCCAGAAAUCGUCCAUCCUGUCUUCUCUGGACUCCGAGCUCCAGAAGCUGAAGGAAAUGUCCAACCACCAGAAGAAGAGGGUGACUGAGAUGAUGUCGUCUCUGCUCAAAGAUCUUGCUGAGAUCGGCAUCGCUGUGGGCAGCAAUGACAUCAAGCAACACGAGGGCGGCAGCGGUCUGAUUGAUGAGGAGUUCACGGUGGCCCGUCUGUAUAUCAGCAAGAUGAAGUCAGAAGUGAAGACGAUGGUGAAACGCUGCAAGCAGCUGGAGAGCACCCAGUCAGAAAGCAACAAGAAGAUGGAUGAGAAUGAGAAAGAGUUAGCAGCCUGCCAGCUCCGCAUCUCCCAGCAUGAGGCUAAAAUCAAGUCGCUGACUGAGUACCUGCAGAACGUGGAGCAGAAGAAGAGGCAGUUGGAGGAGAACGUGGAUUCUCUCAAUGAGGAACUCGUCAAACUCAGUGCUCAGGAGAAAGUCCACGCCAUGGAGAAAGAGAACGAGAUCCAGACUGCCAAUGAAGUCAAGGAAGCGGUGGAGAAGCAGAUCCACUCCCAUCGUGAGGCUCACCAGAAACAGAUCAGCAGCCUGAGAGACGAGCUGGACAACAAGGAGAAGCUCAUCACCGAGCUGCAGGAUCUGAACCAGAAGAUCAUGCUGGAGCAGGAGAGGCUCAGAGUGGAGCAUGAGAAACUCAAAUCCACCGACCAGGAGAAGAGCCGCAAGCUGCACGAGCUGACGGUGAUGCAGGACAGAAGGGAGCAGGCCAGACAGGACCUGAAGGGUCUGGAAGAGACAGUGGCCAAGGAGCUUCAAACUCUGCACAACCUGAGGAAACUCUUUGUCCAGGACCUGGCCACCAGAGUGAAAAAAAGUGCUGAGAUGGACUCGGACGACACAGGUGGGAGUGCAGCACAGAAGCAGAAAAUUUCCUUUCUUGAGAACAAUCUUGAGCAGCUCACCAAGGUUCACAAACAGCUGGUGCGUGAUAAUGCAGACCUGCGCUGUGAGCUUCCUAAACUGGAAAAGCGUCUUCGUGCUACGGCUGAGCGGGUCAAGGCCUUGGAAUCUGCUUUGAAGGAAGCCAAGGAGAACGCUGCCCGCGACCGCAAGCGCUACCAGCAGGAGGUGGACCGCAUCAAGGAGGCCGUCAGGGCCAAGAACAUGGCCAGGAGGGGACAUUCAGCCCAGAUCGCCAAACCCAUUCGGCCUGGGCAGCAGCCAGUGGCGUCUCCCACCCACCCCAACAUCAACCGCAGCGGGGGAGGCUUCUACCAGAACAGCCAGACGGUGUCCAUCAGAGGAGGAGGCAGCGCGAAGCCCGAGAAAAACUGAAGAGCAGCGGGACAGAAGGACGACACCACAGAAGAAGCCAAUAUCACCCCCCGCCCACCCCGACAACCUGUCAUUCCAUUACAGAGAACAGGCUCCUCGUCGCAGCUCCGGAGCCACGAAGGAGUUUCUGAAUUAUAAAUAUAUAUAUAUAAAUAUUCCCGGCCUGUACAGCUCCAGUCCCUUCAGCCUCCCCUCACACCUCCAACCACCCCUCCCCCAACUCUCAUCAUGAAUUAUGUCUUUUUCUCUUACUGGAUAUAAUAAUUAAAUUAAAAAAAAACAAAAACAAGCCAACAAUUUUAAUUUACAAAAAGGCAAGAUAAUAUUCUUAUCCACUGAACCAAACGCAGUCUUGAGCGCAGCCUUGGCGAGCGAAACCGCGCGCGACUCGAAUGUGUAGCUUGGGUUUCGUUUUUGUUUUGCACAGUCUGUCGUCAUCCGUCGUCGUCGUGCGAGUAGUUCUGCACUGUGCCAAGCUGAAUGUAACGGUAGCGAGAUCCGAAAAAAGUACAGAAAAGACCAAAAAAAAUUGAUAAAAAACGAAGAGGAGACCCUACCACGAGAAAUAGCUUGACCCUAUAGGCUAACCUCUGUACAUUUCAUCAUUAUUAUUAUUAUUAUUAUCGGUUGUUAACCACACUUUUCUCUGGAUAGAUUUUACAUGCUUCUUUAAGGAAAAAAACUUCAAAAAAACUGUUUUAAAAUUGAUUAGAUGGCGUCGAGCACUACUGUUCAGUCCGGUCUUGUUGUACAGAUGUAAAAUUGGCACUACUGCACAUGUUUCCCUGGAGAGACGGCUACGAGGUAAACGGCAGGGGAGCGGCUCAGAAGAAGGACUUAAAAAAAAAUAAAGAUAGCCAAGACGUGCGACAGUGUACUGUAGAUGUAUUUAACUAAAUACCUGUGGAGGCCAAUUGUUUUUAUCAUUAAGUUAAAACAAAUCCUAUACUCGUUAUUGGUGACUUCAUGAGAAGGAUGUAAAGAAUGUAGAAGGAAGGACGGAAAGAGGAGAAUGAUCCGGUUAACACAACAAAACUUCCACCUUUUAGCAUAGCCUAUGCUAAGUAGCUAAAUGUACUGUUUUUACUUCUCUCAGUGGUUAAUGAUGCCGUGUUAUUGGACGCUAUUUAUAUCUGCACAUCGGAGCACAUAGACUGCAGGCGUAUAGACUGAGAUGGCACACAAUGCUUGUCCUGUCCUAGCUGGGUCCCUGUCACUCACUCAUCUCCCUUCACUCACAUAUCAGGACCUUUUGUUUGUUUGGUUGUUGUUGUUUUUUUGUUUUUUUAGCUGUAAACCUAUCAGGAAUUGCUAAAUCCCUGCCGUGUCAUGAUUUCUUUUUCAAGGGUGCCUCGCUGCUUCUUCUUUUGUCUUCCCUCCCACGCCCUUUUUUUUUUUUCUGUUGUUGUUUCUUAAUAGUUUUGAGACCUGUAACUGCCCCUUUUUGGUUGUAAAUUUGCAGAAAGCGACGUGUUAAUGCUGGGUUUUGAUGUACUGUAUCUCUUUUCAUUGUUCCAUAGACGGCGUAGAUUUAUAUUUGAAGGGGAAGCGCCAGGCGGGGGGGGGGGGGUCAGUCGAUGGUCGGACCCUUGCCGCUGAUCAGCCAGUCAGGGAGAGCAGGGUCUAAAAUUGCACAAUAAUCUUCUGUCAUCAUCUGGAGGAAGGGCUUAUUUAACUAAAUCUAGCCAUGGAUUGUAGGACUUACUUUGUGUUUUGUUGUCCUUGUUGUAUUUUAGUGUUUUUUUUUAAUUAUUACUUUCCGCCACAUCUUUUUUUCUCUAACCCUGUGAAGCCCCAGUGCAUUGGCAAAAAAAAAGGCUUGUUGUGAUUGUAACCCCAGCAUGAGAACACUAACAUCUUGUGCAAGUGCAAUAUACUGUAAAAUACACUGAAUAACAGUUGACUGGCAGGUGUGAUCAGGGUGUGUUUGCAGCAGCAGCAGCAGUCCUGCCGCUCCUCUUUUCUGUUGACAUUUGUUACACUGGCUUCUGGCUCUCAGUGUAUUUUCCCGUUGAAGGAUUCUGUUGCUCUUUCUGAAAAGCUGAAUUUAUUGGAAGCAAUAAUGGAGGAUGGUUUACCGUCCAGGACAGCCACAAUUAUGCAUUCACAUUAGUUUGAGGCUUUUUCGAAAGACACAUUAAACUUCUAUUGAAAAAUACCUUCGUUUUUUUUUUUUUUUUUUUUUUUUUAUAUAUUGUGGGCCUAGACCAGUGGGACAAAUCCAGCUCUAAAAGGUGGACAGGAUUUCAGCUUUCUCUAAAAGGUGUAAUACGAAAACAAACCUGUCAUCUUCGAUCGAGAAAGUCGGAUUUAUCAGCACUUCUUCACAGUAUCCGCACUCGGAAAAAAACACUCCAUCUGUGUCUGUUUUUGAAUGGAGGAAAAAAGAGGUUUCCAAAGCCCUGUGAGUGGAACUGCUGGUCGGCAGCGGCUAAAUUCAGCGGUGGUAAUUGUACAAGCUGCAGGGAGGAGUAGCUCCACCGUAUCUGUGACAGGACAGUGUUUGGUGUCCAUCGGGACGGUUUAUACCCUCUGUGUAACCUUCUAGAUUAGUUUGCAGCAUGGACCUCAAAAUGUUUAUCCUUUGACCUUCCCCCAAAAACUGGAUGUGAAAUGGGGAAAAUAGAGAAUAAAUACAGCAAAGAGUUUUUGUGGUGUUUACCGAAAUUGAAUUUUGCAUUAAUUCUAAAUUUAAGAGAAACAAACAAAAGUGUAGCCACUUUUUUUUAUUACUGUGUAAUAGUUGGUCAAUUUUAAAGGACAGUUUUGGGGAUCCAUCAGUGGACAAGGUACUGGAUCAUUCCUGGAGAACUGGGGCACAAAUAGCAGGGCUCUGAUAUGGACGGAGACGGGAAGUUCAUGAGAUCACAGUUUUGGAUUGACUGCAUGAUGUAAAUGUAUGUGUGAUUAAAUAAUUAUGAGAAAACA